ACGAAGAACGAAGGUGGAAAAACGUUUGGGGACGUUUUUCGGUUGCAUUUAAUGUAGCAUCCAACGUGAAAAGGUCCCGGUUCGCUGCUGUUUAGUUUCCUCUACCCUUUAUCCGAUCCGGCGGGGUGAGUGUGUGUCGGGGGAAGUGAGGCGGCAAAGGCGAGCCGCGUGUGCAUACGGUUGCCGGUCGGUGGCGGUGGUCGGCGUUUCCUGCUGCCUUCUCCUUAUCCCUCGGGCGAUAAAGUAUCUUCUUAAUCGGUUAAUCGCUCCGAGGACGGACAGCAGCAGAUACUAGUCUCUAGGUCCCGCUCGUAUGACCUCGUAUGCUAGCAACUAAACGCCGAAAUACACUGGUGCCCACUGGUUAGCGGCGGUCAACCGUCGGAAGAUCACGAACCAUCAAUUAGCGCUCCCCAUCAGCGCUCUGCUGCAUUCCCGCGUGUGUGGUGCCCGCUCUAGCUAGCUGCCCAACACUGCCGACCGUUCGGAACGAUGGGAGACCUUUACCUCACCAAGGAGCACCUGGCUGGGUUCGAUAAUUACAAGUACAAUGCCAGAGACACGUCGCCGCUUAGCAUAUACGUGAUGCAUCCGUUCUGGAACUGGCUCGUGGAGUACUUUCCAAAAUGGAUCGCACCGAAUUUGAUGACGUUUGCCGGCUUCCUGUUCACGGUGGCCAACUUUGUGAUGCUGUCUUGGUAUGAUUGGGGUUUCUGGGCGAGCACGGAGCUCGAAGGGGCAACACCGGUGCCGAACUGGUUUUGGGCGCUGGCAGCGGUGAACAUCUUUCUCGCCUACACCCUGGACGGCAUCGAUGGGAAGCAAGCCCGACGAAUCCAACUGUCCGGACCGCUCGGUGAGCUGUUCGACCAUGGACUCGACUCGUACUCGGCGUUCUUCAUUCCGGCCUGCCUGUACAGCAUCUUUGGCCGUGGGCCCUCGUCCGUUCCGCCGAUCCGCAUGUACUACAUCAUGUGGACGAUUUUCUUCAAUUUCUACCUGUCCCACUGGGAAAAGUACAAUACGGGUGUGUUGUAUCUGCCAUGGGGCUACGAUCUUGGGAUGUGGGGCUCGGUACUGAUGUAUCUAGCGACGUACACUUUUGGCUACCAGCUGUGGAAGGAACCGAUGCCGUGGGGUGUUACGGCCGGGCAGCUAAUGGAACUGUGCCUGCACGUUAGCGCCAUGUCCAAUUUACCGAUGGUCGUCUACAACAUGUACCGCUCGUACAAGGAUCGUACGGGCAAGAUGCGUUCCGUCAAGGAGGCCAUGCGUCCACUGUUCACGUAUGGCACCUUCAUGUUCGUCUGCCUACUGUGGGUAUUUGUUUCUCCGAGCGAUAUCAUGAACCGUGACCCACGAGCCGUCUACAUCAUGACAGGGACAAUUUUCAGUAACAUUAGCUGUCGUCUGAUUGUUUCGCAAAUGUCGAACACGAUCGCAGAAACGUUCAACUGGAUGACGGGAUUGCUGGGAGUGGCCGUACUGAUGAGUGUCACGAUGCCGCUACUUGAAAGGCCUAUACUCUAUCUAAUGGUGAUUGGUUCCUCGCUAGCCCAUUGGCACUAUGGUAGUGGUGUGGUACAACAAAUGUGCCAACACUUCAAACGGCGGUGCUUUUUGGUGACGAAACCAAAUCAAGCGCGUGACUAGGAGGCACUGCUAUGCACUGCCUAGUAACCUUGCGCGGAUCCAUGCUGAACCAGUUAAACAAUGAACUGGACGAAUGUCAAUUUGUGACUGCAGCAGCAACAUGGCAGACUACGCAUCGGCGUAACAAACUUUUCUUCCUCUUUCUCUACUAGGCAGUGUACUUUUAUCUCUUGCUUUUUUUCCUAGCACCUUUGUCUUUAGCACCUUCCUUUCGGUUUAAUAGAUGUGACACUGUAUACUACUGAUAACUCGUAUUACAAUUAGGUGUUAUAGUAAGAUAAGAGCACAGUAACGCUUCGAAGCACACGCACGGGUCGUUAACCUUAAUGGGGGGCAGCUGUGUGAUAAGCUGUGAAUCGACAGGUUAUUUCCUUCUUUUAAUUUAAUGGAUUAGUACUUUGAAACAAAAAAGUAUCUUCUCGAAAACAAUUGUUAUUGCUUGCGUGGAAUUGUGUGGCCCCUAUAAUGCGGGCCGUAAAUUCAAAUUUCCAAACGCGCGACUUCCAUGCUAGGAAGUGCCCUCCUAGGGUCUAGCAUUUAGUUUGUUAUGAAUGGACACUAACGGAUUUUGCUCUUUAUACAUCACAGCGCGUUCGAGUAAGUUUGAAGCUUAGUGUGAGCGUAAUGGGCUAUGAAUUCAAACAGGUGCAUUAGUGAUAAGUUCGCCACCCGAAGACGCAGGAAAUCGAACAAAUAAUUUAUCCCAAAGAACAGCUUUCACUGUUAGUAGUGGUCGCAUCGUUACUCAUUACGUUCAUAUUGUCUCAUCGGUGGCUAACUCUCCUAACCGAACAAUAACCCCCGGAUUGCAUUGAUGUACAUAUAUAUAUAUAUAUAUAUACAUAAAUAUACUUAUGGAUAUGGUAUUGAACGUGUUCAAUAAGAAAUGGAAGGGAUGUCCAUGCUCGCUAGGCUAAGGCUCAGGAAAAUUAUUUGGAAUACCGUAAGCGCGGGGGUCAGCGGAAGGAUCCGUCGAUAGAUGUGAAACCAUGCAAAUGAACAGCGGGGGCAACAAGAGAGGAACGUAAGGCUACCAGUACGUCAUGUAAUGCGUUGUGUUCGGUUUGUGCACAUGUUAACAUUUUCCGCCAGGAAUCGUCAUGACAAUAAUGUGUAGUGCAGAGGCUGAAACAGAAGGAAUGUAUUUUGCUCAUUGGCUAUCUUUUUGGAUCUCCUCAAUUCAUGAUUAUUUCCUCUUUUAUUUACGGAUUUCUUUCCCUCCGGCCGUAUCUUUCACUUCCCGAACACUUCUUCCCGGGAGCGUUUGUUGAAACUAUCAAGCAGAUACUAAAGCGAGCAUAUAAAUGAUUUGGCCGAUACAGCUCCGUUAGAUAGCUAGACAGAGAGAGAAUGAAUUAGGUUGGAAUAAGAAAUUGAUCAAAAAAGAAGAAGAAAAAACCAAAAAUGUUUCGAGUUAAAACGUGGAGAACACAUCGAUUGAAGUAGAUAAUCUUAUAACAAACGCAUCCAAAACACAGGCACCGAAUGGUCUCGAGUUUAGCUUUAAUUUCGAUUUCAAUCUAUGCAUUUAACCCAUUUCGCCAGCUUAGUGCCAUAUCGUCGUCACUCACCCGCACUCUCAUCACACGAUAUGGAGAUCGCACCGACACAUGACGAUGGAAUUGCUAAUCUUACUCACAGUUUCUGGUCCGGGUCGGAGGAGCACAACACAUGACACAGACGCUAGAUCUUAGUGCAUUAACUCUAUACCUAUUUAUACAUGCGCGUAUAAUCAUAUGAAAAUCACGAGAACCAACAUCAACACAUCAACAUAAGCUAGAACAUAACAUAUUAUCUCUUUUUACGAAAGAAAAAAAAAACAAAACUAAAUACAAAUCGUGCUGUAUUGUCUAGCAAAUGGUGUAAGCGAAACCCACGCGGACAGCAUUUUCGUUUCUUUUUCAAUCUUGUUUACGGUGGCCAACGAAGCCCGGCGGCGGUUUCAAGAGUUUGGCUCUGGAAAGCAAAUAUCAGCUAAUCAUAGCGACCGGGUUCAAUUGUGUUACAAUCUAUGCCAUUGCAAACAAAUCAAUAAAACUAAAACGAAC